UUUGAAAUAAUGAUCAUUAAUCUGAAAAUAUUAAUUUUCACGGACUGAAAAUAAAAAGGAAUUUGAUUGGUCAAAAGAAGUCCUUGACGUUCAGCUGGAAACAAACUUUGGAAUAUUUUCACAUUUUUGCCAAAAUAUCUGAUAUUUUAACGUUUUGAGAAGAAUUAAGCUGCUAUGGAUGACGUUCUGUUUUGAGCUAUGAAAGUUCCAAGCCACCAUUCCAGAGAACAAGUUAGUAUGGCUGACUCAACCAAUAUGACUAGGGGAUAUCUCACCCCAAACUCUGCAGUUGAUAAAUCAAAGAAAAUGUUGAGCCCGGGCACAAGGAAAAAAUUUGGUGGAUCUCCAAGAACUUUUAAUGUACCACUCAUAGAUCUCAUGCAAAGAGCACCUGUUGGACAUAAAGUGCCUUACAUUGUUAAAAAGAUUUGCACGUUUAUAGAACAUAAUGGACUUGACCACGAAGGUAUUUUUAGAGUUAACGGAAGUCAGCGUGUUGUGGAGAAGUUACGAGCUAGUUUUGACCAUCAUGGUGACGCUAAUCUAGACGAGGAUCAUGAUGUCAUGGCAGUUGCGGGGCUUCUUAAAUUGUUCCUGCGUGAGCUUCCUGAGUCGUGUAUCCCAGAACACAUGACCAAAAAAUUUGUUAAUGUACAAGAAGAGCAUCAGCGGAACUCGAAAGAUUGUGUGCCAUUGUUGAAAGUAUUACUGCAAGAUUUACCGGAGGAACAUUACGACCUGUUGAAACACAUCAUCCGGUUCUUGGUCAUUGUAUCAUGUAAUGAGUCAGAGAAUAAGAUGAGCCCCAUGGCUUUGGCUAUCGUGUUUGGACCUAAUAUAUUCAGGUGUGGUAAAGGGUUUAUAGCGUUAAAGGACCAAGGUUCGACCAAUCAGAUUGUGUAUAGAUUUAUCAUAGAAUACAACAACCUGUUCAAGGAGGCGGGGGAGGACCCACCUGCAGUUUAUUGGGAGAGGAAAAAGCACAAUAUAGUCCCGCCCCGACCUCCCCCUCCAAAGUUCACACCAGAGGAGACUGUUGAGGUAAACUCCAAACCCACUCCAGUUCCAAGAAAGGCAUUUCGUGAAUCUAGUAAGAUGAAGAGUCAAGACGGGUUCCAUGUACCAGAUAUAGAGGAACCUGACCAUAGUGAAAGUUCCAUUUCCUCCAAGGGACGUUACUCUCACUCUUACAGUAGUCCUAACUUUAGUGAUGAUGAAAUGACUGGAAGAUUAUCCCCAUUCCAUCUAGACAGUGACAGUGGUUUCAGUUUAGUGGAGUCCCCAGUGCCAUCUGCACGAACCUCAGAGUUUGUGGAUAAAGCCAUAAAAGCAACUGUGAUAGGGCAUUUAUUUGGUGAUGAGUCGUCGCUGCUUAAUGCUAGUAUAGAUACAACCAUUAGAGAGGACCAGUCAGAAUCAGCUGAUGUGCAGAGUAAUAACCAGAAUGAUCUCGAAAGGGAAAAUUUUCCCAAGACUUUAAAUAACCAGGACAAUGACGUUUUAAAUAAACCAGCUAGGCAGAGACCGAAGUCUAAGGCAUUUGAAAUGUUUGAGAAUAAGGGCAUUAUAAUAACUCAGAUGCCGCAUAAUGUCAGUGCAGAAGUAAAUCAUGAUGAGAGUGAAGAAGAAGAAGAAGAAGAGUUUGUUAAAGAACAACAAGGAUUUGAAAAAAUUAGAAGAACUUCAGAUCCACUACAAAAUUUUAAGAAACCAGCUGGUCCUCCAAAUCGUCGUUCGCCAAGCAGAAAAUUACGGAGAAAUUCCAUGGAAACUGAUGAAGAAAUAAUGGAUCAACAAGAGGACCAUGAAAAGAUACCUAACGGUACCCUGAAACAGAAUGGAGUUAUUGGUGCACCCAAACCACGGGAACGUAGAGAUGGAGAAUUGAACCAGAACGAUGCAAGAGAGCGUAUAGCGUUUCUUGAUAUUCGCCAAGAGGCUUCUAAUAAAGCCAAUGCUUCGCCUGAUAAGUCACCAUUGCUGGGCGCCAAGCCAUUCGUCCCUCCACUUGACUUCUCAACAUUACAUGAAAAUAUUGGCGGUCAAGCACCAAUACCGGCCCAGAAGGCUCAGUCUGUAUCGUACCAGCGUGCUUCAGUGAGCCCUCACUCGCCAUUUGAGGACGAGGAUAAAGAACAAGAGUCACCCUCUCCUCACUCCAGCAAGAUUAAACGGAAAGCUGGCACUGCUGUGGAAGAUGAGGAUUUACCUCCCUUUUCUCAAGUGGAUCAGGACCAAUACAAAAUGCACAGUUCAUUCUGUUUUGUUUCUCCCAACCUUUAUUUGACACCUAUGUUGGCAUAUUUCCUUGCCUUUAACCUUCCUUCUGUGUUGUUGAUGAAACAUGAGCAGGUUCAAGACGAGAAGUUAGCAGUACAAAAAGCUCUGCUACAUUUUGAAGGAAUCCAUGGACGUCCGAAAUCAAGGGACGAGAAAGACUUGAUGCGACCAUUAUAUGAUAGAUACCGAACUAUAAAAAGAUUGCUUUCACGACAACCAAUGUCUCCGCGGGGAAACUUGGAGUUACAGUCUGUACCAGAAGAUAAACCUAUUGAUAUCCAUUCAAAAUAUGAUAAUAGUAACAUGAACACAGAAAACAGACCGGCAGUGUCAAUCCGAGUACCGACAGCUGUAAUGGAAAAUGACGAGGAUGAUGAGCAGGUGGCGCCACUGGGCACCAUGGAAUUUGCUGUAACUAGGGAUUUUUCAAUAUUGAAACAACGGCCAAUAUCAGUGGAUGAUCAGGGCCCUCAUUCUCCGAAAGCUCGGAGAAAACUAGAGCUGAGGGAAGACAUAGAAAAUAGAAAUACAACUCAAUCAAAUCUCCAUGAAUUAGCCGUGCCUGAACUUCAAGAUGAGUUGAUUAGAUCUCGAAAUUCAAAGAAAAGAUUACGGAAAACACUUCGUGAUUUUGAAGAGGCUUUUCACAGAAAAACUGGGCGGGUUCUAUUUGAAAUACCUAUGCAAACAGAAUAUAAUGAAUAUAAGCAAAUAAAAGCCAGAUUAAAGUUAUUAGAAGCCCUAUUGUCAAAACAUCACCAUCAUUCUGAUCUCUAGUCAAAGUAUAGACUCUCGUAGUAUGAUCAGAGAGACGGACAGUUAGUGAACGGUUACGUUGUGAUAAAACAGCCCUGAAAUAAAAAAUCUUGACCCAUAGAUAUUUGGCUAUAUUCAGAAGCUGUUUGUCUUAGUGCCUAAAUGUUUAUGUAACACCAGCAAGCAUCUUGUAUAUUACACACAUUCACCUAUUGUACAGUACAAUUUUCAGUGUAUUUGGCUUCCAAGUGUUAGCAUAUUCAUUAGAUGUGCAUAUACAUGUACUGAUACGUCAUGGAAAGAGAGGAAGUUUGUAAGGGACACCUAAACGAAAGGUCUAAACAUAACUUGUAGUGAAGUGGAAACACAUGACUCAUGAUUGUGUUUAUUUAGAAUGAAGUAUGCCGGUGACAGGUGAACAUUUAAAAGUGCUAAGUAAUAGUUGAGGAUUCAUGUUUUAUUAGUUGUCAUGGUGACCAGCUAGAGACAUUUUAUUUACAAAAUAAGACUGAAAGAGAAUUGGGUUUUUACUCCAAUGUAAAAAUAAUGUACUGAAAGAGGGGAUAUAUUUGUGAUGUUAAUUUGUUAAAACUGUAACUUGAGGGUGACUAUUAGUGAAUUGUUUUAGGGGGUUUCACUGAUGAAAAUAUUGAGGGUACCUGUAUUGGGUAAGAGUUGUGACUUUUAGGGUAUGAUAUACAUAAAUGUUUGAAUUAAGGGAACAAAUUGAUAGUGCCAAAUGUCAAGUGAUGUGUGAAAAUAAGAAAUAUUUUGCCAUAAGUCUACAAGAUAUAUACAUAUGUAACAUCAUGCCUGAUAUUUUAUAUAUACACCGUAUUGUUUCUAUUUAACGCCCACAGAGCUUUUUUCCCAAAUGGGGAAUAUUAUUCAAUUAUAAAAUCAUUAUUCAUUAUAAUGAUCUAAUAUUUAAUACAAGAUUAUUUUUUUAAUGAUUUUACAUAACAAAAUAUGGUGGGGCGCUAAUUAGAAACAAUAUGGUAUGUACAUUGUGCUUAUUACAACUGUGUUAUCAUUAAGUUUUGUUUGAAAAUUUGUUGAAUUUUCAUAUAGCAAUAAUAAUCUGUUCAAUGUAUAUGCCAAGUUAUAUAAAGUAUUAUAUGUACAUGAGGUCUGCUUGGUUUUCAGACUCACAUGGAUGACAUAAACACAUACAUUUUUAUUACAUUUAAGGCAGAUACUUAAAAAAUAAUAAUUUCUUUACAUUGUCAAUUUAAGAAGCAUAAGUGUGAAAUGGGAGGUUUGGUUUUUGUAUGAAGAAAAAAAAUUAAUAUAAUCUAUUAAAAAAUUAUGAAAAUAUGGACUUUUAACUGGUAAUUAUGCUGUGAUGAAAAUGAUAUUGCCUCAGUCAUUGUUAGUUUUUUUAUACACAUCAUAUUCAUCAGCUGAAAGUUCAUUAUUUGUUUUAUUAUAAAUUCUGUAAAUAGCUUUUAUAUGCAUUUCAAAUCUGCAUCUAAGUAGAACUCAAAGCAACAUUUUUUUAAGGUCUUGUCAAAAUCAUCCUAGCAAUAGCAACAAAAUAAAUGUGACAUCAAGUCAUUUUAUCGCAUCCUUUUGCAGAUUUCCCAAAAAAAAUAUUUUCAGGAAAAACUGAUGAAUUUUCAUUGACAAUUUGUUUUUUUUACCAGAUAAAAAGUUAUCUAAAAGGAAUGUACUCUGAUAUAUUAAGACCUAUUACAUUUUUCAAAAUAUUAUGUCUAAACCAAUCAGAGAAAGGCAUUUCAAAGCUAUUUAUAGAUAAUAUAAAUAAUAGACUUUAGGUAUUUUUCAUGUGGAUUAAAAGAUAUUAUACCAAACUAGGCAAAUGUGGGUUUUUCCAAGCUUAUUCCCUGGUACAAUAAGACUUUUAAUGUUAAAGCUUCACGAUGCACUACUGGUCACAAUAGAUUAGUCAACCUGUUGUGCUUAUUAAGCUGUAACUGUAAAAGUUGUUUUGUACUCCCAGAUUUGCUGGGAAAACCCCAAAAUAUUUUAAAUCCCGGAGUAAUUCUAUUGACCUAUCUGUCUGUUAACAAAUAAAUAAGAUGUUGAUAUUAAGAUUUAUAUUACGAAAUCCAUUUGAAAUGUUUACUGGAGAUAUAUUCUUUUACCCUCACAAACUGUCUCUUGACAAACUGUUAAAUUCCCGUCUCCUUUUAAAAUUCAUUUCAUCAGUAUAUGAUGAAGUAAAUAAAAAUUUAUUGUAGAUAUUUUUUAUUCUGUAUUAUUUUUCUUUAUAAAUGAAUAUGUUGAAGACAUCAUUUGAAAAACCUUAAUAUAUGUACACAUAUUUAUUCUUUCAAAAUAAUCAUUAGUUGUACAAUAGUUGAUGCUUUAAGUUUCCUUUUUUCUUGUCGAAUUUCUUUGUUAUCUUAUUCAAAAGCUUUACAUUUAGUUUGUAUUUACACAAGAAAUUUUCGUCAUAAUAAUUAUAUAAAAAAAAGAAAUUUUAUAUUUUCAUUUAAGUCCCGAAAUUGCUUUAACCAGUAUUAUAAUGUUCAUGCCAUAACCUAGAAUUGUUUUAAUUUACUAUUUUCCAGAUGGAACAAUAUAAUUGGUCUGAGAAAUAACCAAUCACUUGCUGUUUGUCAUCAUUUAAGGUUAUAUAAUAUCAUCUGGUGCUUUGGAUAUAUAUUUACUAUUAAAACUAGAAAAUCCCCAAAGCUUGAAAGUGUAAUAUAACCAGGGGAGUAUUAAUGCGACUUAAUAUCUUAACCAGGAAAAGAAUUGGUGCUUAUCAGUAUCUGUUACAAAGAGAAAUAACUCUUCCUCUCAAAAAUAUUCUCACUGUAGAAGAAAAAAAAUUAACACAAUAAAAUUUGAAUCCUGUUAUCCAUCUCACAAAAUGUAUAAUAGAAAAUUUUUUUAAAUAUUAUUUUUGUAUUUGACUGAUUAAAGUCAGUGAUAUCAAAGUUCAAUGCGUAUUGGCAUUCAGAAAAAACAUUUGCCUUUGGCCAUUUACAAAUAUAUAUCAUUAUGGCAAAGAUCAAUACAUGUGAUAUAACUAUAAACAUAAAUAUAUGUACAAUAAUACUAUUUACGAUAUCAAGAUAGUUUCUUGUUUCUUUUGUAAAAUUUUGAGUAUAAACUUUCAUUAGAAGCUUUAGUUAAAAAUUUAUCUUAUGAAUGUUAAUUUUUAGCUAAUAUAUUUACUGAGUGUUAUUUCAAUGAAAGAACUGGUUUGUCAAGCCAUGAUGAAAAUAUAAAAAUGUCUGUCUCAUUAAGUCAGUGAAAAUUAUUAUCAUAAUUAUCAAAACUGAUAAAUUCAAAUUUGGUUGUGUUACCAUUAUGUUAUAAUUAAUGAUUAUAUUUGCAUACAGUAGAGACUGUGUUCAAGGUAUUUAUUAUAAAUAACAAAGCUAUUUGUACCCAGUAGGUUACUGUAAGAUAAUGGUUACUCACAUGUUACACGAGCUUAUCAUGAUGUGGUGAAUUUAGCAGGUUGCUAAGAUAUGAUGAAAAAUGUGUUGAAAUCGGUGUUAAACACUGACAGAUAUACAAACAAAAAUUUAACUUCUCGAUGAUGGUUAUAAUCAUAGAUUUAUAAAAAAAAAAUAAAAUAAAAAAAUAGAACUUACUAGAGAUAUAAACAGUUAAUACACAAAGUAAAACUUCAUUAACAAUAUAUAAAUAGAACUUAUCUUAGAUAUAAUUAGGGCAAUUUCUAUUUGAUUAUUAACAGAGUUAUAAAAGGGCAGUUCCUAUUUUGAUUAUUAACAAGAGUUAUAAAAAGGGCUAUUUCUGUUCUUAUUAUCUAAUCAAUUAAUUAGUUUACCUUUGUUGUGUAUAGAAGGAUGUUUAUUAGGCAUUCAUGCUACUUGAGAGAUUCAGAUUAUUUUUUACAUGAAAAAGAGAAUAAUGUUGGUUUACAGUUGUUAAUGUUCCAUAUGAAAAUUUGAAUUCCUUCUGAAAUUUUUUGUGAUGAUCUUGACUCAAAAAAUAUUGUUUCUAGAUGUGAUACCUUUUUAAAAAGACAUUUGUAUAGAAGUUAAAUCAUAUUAAAUUGUUAAAGGUCCAUUAUGUCUCAGAAUUGCUUUUAUUUUUAUUCCUUGAAAAGCUUGUUUAUUUUUGGUAACCUGUUAUAUAUUCUAAAAGGUUACUCAUUGGAGAAUUACCUGAACCAUUUUUACUUCUAUUGACUUUUGGCAAUUAGUGCACUUUUAGUAAUUGAGUAUUUUGUAUGGAAGUCAAAAUAAUACUUUAUGACUAUAUUCCUACUUUUAUAACAAUAAUUUCAAAUUACACACUACUUUCUUCAUCAACAAAAUUUAAUAUUAAAUUGCUAUAAAAGUAAUGGUAGCCCUAUCUAGAGAAGGGAAAAACUGAUUGGUUUCUGAAGCAUAAUAUGCCUUUUAAAACUCGGUGGUUAUUGUACAGAGUGGUGAGAAAUGACAGCAUGGCCUCAGUUACAUUUAUGAUGUACACAGAUGGUUGAUAAAGCCAUGUUGUUGUAAAACUUAUUGACUGAUAUAUUGCAUACAGGUAGUCCAGCAUUCCAUUAUUAUAUGUUUUAAUAUCUUUAUUUUAUAAUUUUAAGAUGAUUUUCUUUUUCGCAUACAAUAAGAAAUUAGUGUUUUUUUGUUGUUUUUUUGUUUUGGUUUUUUUUUUCAAAAUAGAUCAUAAUUAUUUGCAUAAAUAAGGAAAAGAAUUUAUAUCAAUAUAUAUUUUUAUUAAUAUUAUUCUACUUUUGUUUUAAAUAUUGGCAUGCUAUAAGUGUGACUGAAACAGUGAAGUAAAAAAAAAUUAUUUACAGAUUUAUAUAAAAGUAUUUACAGUGAAUAAAAAAUAAUGUACAAGUUCAUAAAGAGGUAUUAAAAAUAUGUAACAAAAUAUACAUGUAUGAUGAAUAGUAAGUACAUUGUUGUAUGUGGUGCCAGGAGCCAGAUGACUUUUAAGUUAUAUAAAUUGUUUCCCGGCUUGUUUGGGCAAUGAUCAUUGGGCACAAUAGAUAGAAACAAGUUAAAGGGGUCAUACAGAUUUUAUAUUAAGAUAAACACCUUUUAUUUUGAUUGCUCCCUAUCCAAAUUUUUUUUUUCUUUCUUGCUUAAUAGAAUUAGACAUGUUGAUUUGUUUAUUUUAUGAGCAAGUUUGUUUACAUUAAAAGGUUGUGUAUUGAUGACGUAUUAUACAAUAAUGGAUCAGUGUUAUUAUUUAUUUACUUAUAUUAUUAGAUUAAUGUAUCAAUAGAUGAAUGGUCUUCAUCUGACCUGCUUAUAUUAAUGUUUCAGUAUUAUAUAUCAUGGAACAUUUUUUAAAGCAUGUUUUUAUAUUAAAGAAACGAAAUGUUGCCCUAUUGUUCUGUGAAAGAUCUGACAUUGGUACAACACAAUAUAGCAGUAUAUAAAUAACACAUAGGUUUGUGACUAACAGUAAACAUAUUAUCCCGAGGAAAAUACUGUUACCCGAGGCAUUAGUCAAGGGUAACAGUAUUUUUACAAGGGAUAAUAUUUUUGCAGUUACUCACAAACAUAUGUGUUAUUUAUAUUAUUACUCAGAACAAAUACUUCAUUGGGACACUAUUUCUAUAUGCAUUUAUCUUUCAAAUUUAUACUGUGAAAAAGUACUGUUACCUAUGUAACAGUACAAAAAUUAUUAGUCACAUAGUACACUUGAAUUAGCAGUAAGAAUAAUUUCCAUAGGCCUAUGGGAAAUUAACAUUACAAAAAUAGUGAGAGGUAAUAAUAUAGUCUUUACCAUUAUGUAUGGAAAAAUGUAUUUAUACAUGUAAUAUUUCCAAUUUUGUACCCUGUUUUACCAACAUUUAAGAAUGAGGGGGGUGAAACAUUGAUUGUUCCUUAUAGAAUAUCUGUUAGAGAGUGAGUACUCUUAAAUGUAUAUUAUACCUAUAAUCAUUAGAUUUUUAUUAGGUGAAAUAAAACUUGUUGGUGAAAUAUGUUUGGCCAUAUUUCCCCCGAAAUUGUAUGAAAGUCCUGUUACAUGCUACAGUUAUUUAGUUGUUUGUUGAUAAAUAGAAAUUAUUUAUUUUAUAAGUUUUACAUUUUUUGACAAAUACUGUAUUAAAGAAAACAGUUGUUCAGUUAUCUAUAUACAGUUCUUUGAAAUAAAUCACACUAUAUGAAAUAUUG